AUGGUCCAAUUAUGGCAAGUGGAGCGCCCGGAGCUGGCCUUCGACUAUCAGAACCCGAAAUACCGUGUAUUUUGCAACAUGGUCCAUAGUAAGCCCGCCUGCUUCCUCGUGUUGCUGAUCUGCUUGAAGAUGGCGGCCGUCUACUUGAUUUCGCUGGUGAAUGGGAACUAUUGGUCGUUGGCGCUCCUCUUCAUCGUUGUUCAACUCACACUCAUCGUCCGUUAUAUUUGGGCGGCCAUCGAUGUCAAUACCGAAAUUGGAUUCGGGCAGAGGAUACGCACGGAAUUGCUCGAGCAACAUGAGGAUGGAGACGAUUACCAACACCGCCGAUCAGUUGCCAUCAUGCGCGCGUUGCUUGAUACUUGGUUCUUGAUUUGCUAUUUGGUCAGCUUCUACAUUGUUUACAAGUGCCGCAACUAUUUCAUGCAUCUGAAUGGAGCCAAGGUGGCCAAGCAAGGAACCGUCGAAUACCAUACACCACCCAACGGAUCAGUUGCC